AUGGUUUCAACGCCUCGAUCCAUCUCUCCUAAUCAAGAAGGUGACGGCGGCAUUGAUUCUGUACCUCGAGAUCAAGACUCCUUCAUUUAUGCAUUCCUCGAGGAAGCUAUUAAAAGGGAUAAGAAAAAGCAACGACACCGCAGACGUCACGAUCGCCAUGGAAGCUGUGAGCGAGAAGCCUCCACUCCUAGAGAGCACCGACGUCACCGACAUAGACGGGACGACGUGCCUUCUAAAGAACGCGAAAAGCCAACUAAGGACGUAUCUCCGUCGCCGGGGAUUGAUCAGACUGCACUUUUCGAGACGUUUGCGAAGUUGUGCGCUCAGAUGAACGAUAAGAAAAUAUUUCCAGUGCCACGAACGCAAAGCCACAAAUCUCUACAGUGUGAAGUGACGCGACGCGACUCUUACAACGUUGACCGGAGCCACGAGCGGUACAAGAGCCACGAUAGAUCUAGGGACAAGAUCGAGUCGAACAGAUCGAGGUGUCACGAUAUCUAUCCAGAUGUAUCUCGAAGCAAGGGUAGAAUCGACGAACGGAUUAUCGAUAGAUGCGCCUCGUGCUACUCGAAAGAUAUUCCCAAAUAUGCGAGCAAAUUAGCAGUGAAGCAUUCAAAAAUGGAGAACGAUGAUCGAUAUCCCGGACGCGACAGUCCCAGGAGCGAGUACGAUCGUUACAGACAACCGGAGCGAGACACAGACUACACGGAUAAACGAAGAUAUUUUGAACAGAAAGCUUCUAGGAGCUUUGAGGUGAAUCGAAAUGAUGAUAGAUGCAGACGAACGUCCAGGAGUGAUAACACUAGGAGAUACGACGAGGGAAGCGAUUGUAAGAGAUACGUUGGAAGAGAUGGCGAGAGGGACAGGAAGUAUGAUGAGAGAAAAUACAUUGAGAGAUCCAAGUAUUGUGAUAGAAAACCGAUUGAAAGUCGUCUGUCUGUCGCCGAACAGAGAAGCAGGAGGAACUACGAUAGAAAUUCUGUGGAAUCUCGCGAGGACGAAGGCAGGGAUAGAUACUCGGAGAGAGAAAGAGAUUCGGGGCUUAGCGUGGCCGACGGAGAGACGAGCACUGCGAGCGGGAAAAGUAAUUAUUUGAGAUUUGUCAAGCAAGAAAUCACAGAGCAAAGAGAAGCAAUGGAUAAAAUGAUGAAAUUGUGGAAGGAACUAAUGAGGUGCUUUAAAGGGGUCUCACAAACUCCAGGACCAGAUAAAAGUGUUCACGAGUCCGCGUCCAAUGUCCGCGAGUCGGCAGCGGCGCACCUGCGGCUGUGGCGCGAGUGCAUGCGGCGCUACGAGACUGUCGCCAGAGACGUGGGAGACACUGACGCCAGACUUAUGGAGGAAAUAAACAAGCAACGCUCCGAGAUGGCAGAGAUGGCGUCGAUGUGGCAGGAGUGCUUGCAGCGCUAUCGAGACAUGAGCAACGAUUUCAAUAACUUAAAACAGAAGUUAACAACGCCGGAAAGUCCGACUCGUUUACCGGCGCCUCCCGCGACUUGUGCCGAGGGCGAGGUCAAUGCACCCGCUGCGCCGUACCGAGUACCGCCGAACUACCCACAAUUCCAGGCGGCCGGUCGUGGGGCGUGGACUGGGAGCGCGGGUCCGGGGUCGGCGCUGCGGGGGCGCGCGUCGGUCCCGCCGUGGUGGUGGGGCGAGCCGCCGCGCUCCCCGCGCAGACGCUCCUCGCCGGACUCCCGCGGCUCCGGCGGCUCCCGGGAACGGAGGCACCGACAUAAAGAUAAAAAUGAGUCCCGUUACAAGGAAAAGUCCAAGCCGAGUGGGGCUCGAUCAGAGCACAGACAUAACAAUAGAAAGAGAUGAGCGAACCACAAGCACACUAUGAAGUAUACCAAAAAAAAAACAUACAAUAUUUUUUAAGUGUUAACGUGCAUUUGUUUUCGAUAAUUUAUACUGUCAAGUUUUGGAUAUUUGUAACUAUUAAUUUUUUAAAUACCUGUUUUAGU